UAAGUGGCUGCUGCUGUCAUGCGUUUGGAAGAUUGACGCGGCGGUAUUUAGGAGAAUAAGCAGUACCAAGAAAACUAGUUUGAAAAAAUGUGUUCACAAUUGCAUACUGUUCACAAACGGAUAUUCCAAACUCGUAAAAUAUUUCCCGAAGUGAAGAUUGCACAAGUGUGCGCGCGUGUGUAAUCGACGCGUUGCGGGGAAUUUCAUCAGAAAAUUGUGAAGCAAUGCGUUCCAACUACUCUUGGUUCAGCCACUCCUUUUCAAGGUGAUGGCCACGCGUGAACGGUCGUUGCACGAUGACCGUGACAGUGACGUGACGUAAAAAGUGAAAGACGGCAGGUACCGAGAAGGAGUCCGAAAGAGGUGCGCAGAAAGUCGGCGCGCAGCGAGCGGGCAAUUCUCUUUCGAGUUCGAACCGCUCGGUUAGUCGGAGGGAAUCAUACGGCUGCUCGUGCGGGUCCGAAUAACACGUAUUUCGUGUAGUCGCAGGAGGUUCAGGAGAAGGCAGAGGGAAAAAAGAUCGGUCGAAAGAAAAGGAUCGUAAGUGUCGAUGAGUCCGGGUGGUGGUAAACCGGUCUGAGAAUGCAGGCGAUUGGCCGGAUCUUGGCGUACAUGCUAUUGGCAACUGCAUUUACGAAAAAUGUGCUUGCAACGAGGGCCGCGAACGUCAAAUUUUCGAGGGACAGCUAUAAAAUCGCACGAUGCAACACCACGAAACUGGAGUUGGUCCCGGAACCAGCCUCGCUGAUUUCUAACAUCGAAAGUCUUCGGAGUAUCCUGGUGAACGCAUUCAAAAGGAAACCAGUUCAAGAAAUUGAAGAAAAGUCUCGCACUUUUGGACACAAAAGAAUUCAGUUCAUGCUGAUGCCGAUGAUGUAUAAAAUGGGAGUGAUGAUGACAAUGAUGAUGGUAAUAAUAGCGCUCACAGCGAAGGGACUUAUUGUAGGAGUCAUAUUGCUGGUACUUAAACUGAGCACCUUUCUGACGAAACUUCAUUCCGGCUACCACACAACGCAACCAUGGCCAUCACAACAACCAGUUCACGUACACGUUCACAGCGCUUUUCCCCAUGGUCACCCACAAAUGUACCAAAGUUGGGCGAGUGCCCCUGCAUAUGAGGACGUGUAUAAAUUUAAUAAAUAUAAUCGUCAGCAAUACAUCUUCUAUUUUGGAAGAAAAUUUGUAAAUAACCAUUGUAAAUUCGAGGACAUGAAUAGGGCAAAGGUUUUCGUUUGCCAUAUUAUUAUCUGGCUAGUAACAUCGUCAAAACUGUUAAUUGAAGCUGAAGAAAGAUGGAACAAUUCCCAAAUCAGCCUCAGCAAAACUCAAAGCUUGAAAAUCUUCCCAGGAAUCAAGUUUUGCUUGGCGAACAGUGAAAUUAAUAUUCAUGUGAGAGUUCACGACCUACUACGAGAGACGGAAGUGCAAGCAAGAAGCAAGGAUAAGAAGAGUCCAUUAGAAAGAAUGGGAUACAUGAUGCUGAUGACGCCAUUUAUUAUGCAGAUACUCUCCCUACCGGGCGCCCUAGCGACCAUUAAAAUAUCACUUUUAAGGAGUAUCAUGGUGGCGCAAUUAGCAAUCGCAAUAAUGAUCUACAAUUUGAUCAGAAGCUCUCAAAACUCGGAAGUUGUAGUCCGUCGACCGCAUCAUCACGCACACUAUCGUCACAGACAUCACGAUCAACCCGACGACGAGGACGAAUGGUUCGCGCGGAACGCAAUUUACAGCCACGAUACAUUCGAUCCACGACGAUCUACGAUCAUUAAUGAACCCCGGGCAAUUACCUCGCAGCCAAGUAUGCAAAAUGUACGCGAUUUUCAAUUACAGAGGAGAUGGGGCGAUCUUCUGUGCUUGCUGUGCUACCUGGUCACGCAACAUCGCACGGUCGCGGACGAUAACAGCGUUAACAGGCCUUAUGAGUUCUCCUUCAACAUAGUCGAUUUUCAACAUAGAUUCGAAAAGAAAGAUGCCGAGGGGCUUAUUACCGGGGAAUACGGUUUCAUCACAGCUGAUAGUGUUUAUCAUGAGACUGGAUAUAAGACCGACAAAGAUGGGGAUUUUAUUAUCACGAGACAGAGGAACCGGAAAAUAACAAGUUUGGAGGACGCGCAAGAGAUAUUUAAAGAUAGGCCGGAAGCAGCGAAGAAAUUAAUCGAAGCCGUGAUGAAGGCCUGCGGCGGCUGUAAAAUACCAAUAAAGCAUAAGGACGAUCAGCCAAAACCUAUCAAGAUAGUCACAGAGUCGCCGCCGCAGAAAAAGAUGGAUCCGAUAUUAAAGCAGAUGAUGAAGAUAUUGACAGCCAACACGUCUGCUAAGAAUAUCAAGAAAGAAGACAUGAAAAACAUUACGAAAAGCAUGGUGCGGGCUGCAAAGAAGCUGUUGUCCGAGGAAGACAGUCCGAAUAAAGUCGCCGUGAGUGAUCGAGUUCUGGAAAAAAUGGCGAACGAUCUGUACUAUCAGUUCAACUACACGAUAACGUCGCACGGCCAUCACGAGGACGGCUAUCGCGACGGAAGAAAGAACGGUAGCUAUCGAUCUCAAAACGAAAACGGUAUCGACACGCAGGUGAGGUAUCUGUCCAACGAAUUCGGGCAUCAGCCCAACAUCACGUUCGUUCCGCAGAUGAAGGCGGCCGACGAGGAGCAUGCUCUCAAAGGAUACUCGUUUCGUUGGUAUUGGUCGUAAAUUCGCGAUUUCGUGUAAUGCCGAUUUUAUUUUAACCCAGAUUUGUUAAUCUGAAUAUGCGAAAUAUGCUAACACUUAUUUAAAUAACAUGAGCUACGUCUAGAGACUCACAACUUUCGAUUUUGAAAACUUAUCGUCAUUAAGGAUAAAAUAAUUUAUCACGCAAUUAGCACGAAAAUAAUUUAUCACAAAAUGAA